GCGUCACCAUCGUUGUUGACUUGAGAACCAACAUUUGAGUGCCCCAGUGGCCGGGGCGACAGUCGAGAGUUUCAGAACCAAUUUCGUGAAAACGGUGCAAUCAGGUUCGACUUCUACAACCGAUUCUUUAUACCUUAACCUUAACUGCAACCAGCAUCGUCCAUUCUCGGGUGCAGGACGCCCAGGCUCACCACGCUCAACCACGCCCCUCUCGUAAUCUUCUCAUCUCGUCCGCUCUUUCCUGUGGAUCUCAAUACUCGCUACUCGCUCAACGAUGGCGACUCCAAGCAACGACAGCACCGCUGCGGUACCGCAAACCACUCGCUCGGCCCGUACCAGAACUUCUUCCCGCCGAACCAUAACUACCAUCGAUCACCGCAUCUGUUUCGUCUGCUUGCACACCGACAAGGACAUACCCAACGCAGAAUGGUGCAGCGCGUGCCCGUGCACGCUCGACGCCCACUCGGCAUGCAUGCUGCGCUGGAUCGCCGAGAUGGAGAUGGAGGCGGAGCGCUACAAGCACGGCCUGCGAUGUCCCGCCUGCAAACACCCCAUCAGACUCGAAGAGCCCUACGACCCCGUCGUUGCGUUUUGGGAUCGUCUGUACAGCCGCUACAGUCGCCUGGCUCCUAAAUUUCUGCUGGGUUUAGUUGGCGGCGGCACGCUUGCUGGUGCGGUGUGGUAUGGUGUCAACGCCGCGAGCAUCUUUGCCGGUUCCGAUGCCGUCGUCAGAUGGUUGGGUCUCAACAGAAACAAUCAGUGGGGGUUGACCCUCGCGAUCAAGUGCUGGUUGCUGUCGUCCAUCGGUCCCGGUCUGGUCCUCCUGCGCUGGGUGCCGUCGCUGGGCAGUGUUCUGCUCGUGCCCUUCUCCGUCGUGUUCGGCGCCGUGAGUAUUGCCCAUAACCAAUUUCCCUCUUGGCCUCCGUCGCCACAGUGGGCCAUGGCAGUGAUGCCAUUUGUGCACUUGAGCUACGCCUCGCUCGUACACAACAUCUUCGGGCCGCUGGAGAGGCGUCUUAACAGUGCGCUUCACGGUCAGUUCGCUACCGAGGAGUUGGCUGCGCCGGUAGCCGAAGGGGAGGCCACGAUCGCAGCUCUGCAGCCCGUCGCCCGGAGAGCCUACAUCGGCUAUGAAGGUCAGCGUCCAUAUGGGAUAUGGACCUUUAUCACCAACAUCAGUGUAGCCGCCGUUUACGCUGUCGGAGACUUGUUUUUCGGCGAGGAACCGGAAGAACGUGGUGGGAUGGAGCUCAGGGGUACAAGGGUUUACGAAGGCGGCCGCCUCGUCGGAGGUGGCGGAGAGGGUUUGUACAGUGACCCGGAAUCGGAAGACGAGGAUGAGUAUCCGCAGGACCUCGGGGAUGAUGCCGUAGGGCAACAGGCAGAGCAACAACAACCUGGACCGGAGGGGCCAAUGGCCGCGGAAGAGCAACCGGCAGCGGAAGCCGGUGAAGCCGAAGGAGACGUUUUCUGGCCAGACUCAGUAAACGACCAGCCCAACAACAACAACAACAACAACAACAACAACAACAACAACAACAACAACAACAACAACAACAACAACAACAACAACAACAACAACAACAACAACAACAACAACAACAACAACAACAACAACAACAACAACAACAACAACAACAACAACAACAACAACAACAACAACAACAACAACAACAACAACAACAACGACGACAACAAUAACAACCAAAACCAGCCCGAUGACGGCUACAACGACGCCCCUAUCGGAGUCUCGACCGUCACUCGCAUCAUCAACAGCGUCGCCACAUCCCUCCUGUUCCCCGCCAUAUCGUACGGCAUGGGCGAGCUGAUCCGCGCCGUCGUGCCCAGGGCCUGGGUGACGCGCCCUUCCUGGCGCCGGCCGCCCACGGGUCUGCUGCAGGAGCGGUGGGGCCGCAGCCUGAUCGGCGGGUGCCUGUUUGUGGUGCUCCGUGACGCCUUCUCGCUGUAUACCAAGUACCGGCGGGUGCAGGUCCGGGCGAGGAGGAGGGUCAAGAACGUUGAGAAGAAGGUCCGAGGUGGUGUGGUUGGGGGGAAUGCUGCUAUUGGUAUUGGCCCUUCUGCUUCUGCUCGUUCAUAGUGGUGGUGAAGGGAAUCAACGUGAGUUUGCUGGGGGAGGGAAAGGGAUUGCCAUCCUGGACGACGACAUCUAGUCCGUGUACUAAAUUAGGUGUAACGUUAAGAAAUUAUGGUUAAGGGAAAAAUUUGGGGGUUAGGGUUUCCGGGAUCUGCAUUACACAUUUGUCUCUCUGUAUAAGAUAUAGUCCAAGGGGGCAAUGUCAACUGGGAUACUUUUG